AUGGUUUUUGAUACUAUUGAAUUUCUAAAACAUUACGAAGAGCAUCCUUGUUUGUGGGAUAAAUGUUUACCUCAUUUUAAGAAUCGGCAAAAAAGAAAUGUGGCUGAGGAAAAAUUAUUACCCAUCUCAGGACUUUCUAACAUAAAAGAAUUAAGAUCAGAAAUCAGAACAGACAUUUACAAACCAAAAUUAAAUUGGUUUUCCUAUGCUGAUAGUUUCUUGAGGAAAAAUGUAGAACAAGAGAUUGAGACUGAAUCAAAUGUGGUGAGUUACAAAUUUAUUGUUACUUUUAUAAAUAUUAUCAUAAUUGCAUGCAUAUAA